GCGCCCUCUGUUGAACUCUGUGCGCAUAUGGUUGUAUUUGGUUGGCUGCAGCGUGAUCGAGCCAGGGCGGCUCUACCAGGGGGAAAAAUAGACUGGAAUAGCCCUAUGCUAGGCGGUGUGACAGCUCAGAUGUGUCCACGUCAACAUAUCGAACGAAAGAGUGCUUUGGCAAUGGAUUCCACGUCUCUGGAACCUUCCCUCUACACAGUGAAAGCAGUUUUCAUACUUGACAAUGAUGGCAACAGACUCCUGUCAAAGUACUAUGACCCUGAGCUGUAUCCCACCACCAAGGAGCAAAGGAACUUCGAGAAGAACAUUUUCAACAAGACCUACAAAGCUGACAAUGAAAUUGCUUUCCUGGAGGGAAUGACCAUAGUCUAUAAGAACAGCAUAGACCUUUUCCUCUAUGUGGUCGGAAGCUGUCAGGAAAAUGAGCUGAUGCUGAUGUCUGUUCUCAACUGCAUGUAUGACUGCCUUAGCCAAGUUCUGAGAAAAAAUGUGGAGCUUAGGUGUCUCCUCGAAAACAUGGAAGGAGCCUUUCUCAUUGUUGAUGAAAUCGUUGAUGGGGGCGUGAUCUUGGAGAGUGAUGUCCAACAAGUCCUUCAAAAGGUCAAUUACAGGGUUGAUGAAACUUCAUUAUCUGAACAAAGUGUAGCUCAGGUCUUGCAGUCGGCCAAGGAGCAGAUCAAAUGGUCCAUCCUCAAAUAACAGAUGUCGCGAUGUCAAGCCCAUUUCAACAUUUAUCUACCCAUUAGUGUUGUAAUCAAAUUGUUUUGAUCUUGAAGGGCUAUGUUCACUAGAGAGACUGGCGGUUUGGAGACUUUACAGUGUGUAGUGUUUAUUAACACAAAAAUAAAGUAUACAAAGAAAAUGGUCAAAAAUGCAGAGUGGAAAAGGCACCGUCAAAUUACAGCUGGAGCUGCAGUUUGCGCCAAAAUGUUACUGGUGUCGAAGACCUUAACUGACGAUGACACAGAUAUUUUCUUCAAAUGACUUUUUUUUUUUUUUUUUUUUUUACCUGACCAAACAGUAAUUUUAACAUUAUUUUAACAAUUUACAAUACAACAGAUCAAAAACCCUUCUACUGUUGUAACGAAUUCAAUAUUAUUUCAUUAAUUAAAUUAUUGACUGCCAUUGACACGAUGAUCAACGUCUAAUACAUUUGACUGAGUUCUAGCAGCACACCAGUAAAAUUGGAUGGGAUGUUUAUCGCCUUCAAUUGCACUGAAACAUGAUCAUCCAAUGCCAGCCAUCGAAGCUCAGUCAAUGGCAGUGGCUGCGUUCCAAUCACGGUUUGGGUUGCCCUCGCUCACUUGCCCUAAGCUCUUGCUAUGACGUCACACGGAGGCCACUUGGAGGGCGGAGGCAAAGUGAGCGGAGGGGGAGCAAAAGACGUAAAUGGAACACACCGGCCCUCGUUCACUCACAGGCAAGAAAAUCAUGAAACGAACACAAAGUUUACGAGUAGCGCUAUACUCCAAUUCCAAAUCAGUGGCACCACCAGAAAUUCUUCAUAGGGGUGGCCAAAUGGGGCCACUUAAAACCUUGAGGUGGCACACCAAAAAAUAAAAGCCAUAAUUUCAGGUUUUUACUAUGUUGUAGUAAUAAACAGGCUAGUAGAAAACUGUCAGAUUGACUUAAGGACACACCUACUGAUAUACUUUUGUCGAUUAUGUUAUAUUGUAUUUUGUACACUAUUAUAUUGUGCUAAUGUGCAUAGUCCAUAAAAGUCCAGUCAACAUUUUGAGUUCCGCAGCUACUACAAUCUAACAUUAUACUGGUGCGUGGGGUGGCCAACAAAUUCAUUGGGGGGGAGCCAUGGCCAGGCCUGGCCACCCCCUGGUCGUACCAUUAUUCUACAUCACACAAAAUGCACGGCGACUCAUGGCAAUAAACCAGCGACGUAUUCUGCGCUUGAUGGCAAUACGUCGGUACCUGGGAAUUAUCAAAUUAUUAGUUUUGUAUCAAAUUUUAUUCGGGCAAUUCUUUAUAAUUGGUAGACAAAUUUGUUGUUUAAAUGCAUUUCACCUAUUUGAAGUUUAGUUUCAGUGCCUCCCAGUGCCAUUUGAUUGACAGACCAUUCCUGUCGUCAAAAGCAAAAUAGAAAAGAUAAGCGAAAUAGAAACAUCAAUGGAAAAAAAAAAUGUUCCCCCUUUUUUUUAUGGCAAAAGUGAAACUCAAUAAAAAAGUUAUUUUAUUAUUAUUUAUUCAUUUAUUUGUCUUUAUAAUUAUUUAUUUGUUCAUGUUUUUUUUUUAUUUAUUUUGGCACUAUUGUGAUUCCAUACGUUCUGCCAUAACUGCCACAUACAGUCUAAUUUUUUUUAUUUUUUAACAACAAUGAUGAAUUUUACAAUUCGAAAGGCAGUUUGGUAUAACAGUCAAACACCGUGCUGGCAGCUUAAUUCAUUUUCUUCUUCUUCGGUGGUAUAUAUACAGCAGCCAACGGUGUUUAAGCUUCAUUAUCAACACCACAUAGACAUAUUUUCCAUGCAUUAUUGCAAUGCAUUGUGGGAUACAGGAAGCUCCGGAGUGACCAUCGUUUUUCACUCAAUCACUGAGCCCUCUGAGGGUCCAUCUCACCAAGUUCACUUCACUGUUUUGGGAAUUGGAACGGCCCUUAAGAUGGUGGCGGGGAUUCCCCUGGGGGACGGUGGCUAGGGCAAGUGAGCGAGGGCUCAUUUAAACCACGAUUGAAACGCAGCAAGUGAGUGAGUUAAGGGAAAUUGUUUGUUCUUGUUGGUUUUAAUUGUGCAAAAAUACUAAAUGAAGGGUACCAUAAGUAUAUUUUAUUGUUUGUAUAUGCACAUACACAUACACAAAGCCAUACUCAGAACUCUGUUGGACCACAAACCAAAUGCAAUGCCUUAUUUUCAUGUACACUUAUGUCUUGUUUUUUUAAACAAAGAUGUACUAACAAUUUUAUGUAAAAUAAAGUAUGUACUGUAUGUGUGUUUUCUACAUACGCAAAAGGCCGUAACGCAGUCAUAGGACUAUACACGCUUGCAGUUGGAAGUUCUAUUAUGCCAGCCUUCUAAAUCACA